ACAGCGACGGCCAACUGCAAACGAGACAUUCCGACGGGAGCAGAGCAAGAGGAAAGACGUCCAUAAUUAAUUAACGCGCAUUUUGGUCACAUUUGUAUGGCAGAGACACUACCUGGAAAUAACUGACUUCGCGUCACAACUUUGUUAUUUUUGGUAGAGAAGCAGCUGUGAAAAGAACAGGAAAGACGGCAAAGCCAGGACUGCUCUAGUGGAAAUAUAAUCUGAAAGCUCCAUUUGCCUUUCCCUCCGCAGUUCAACACCAUUCAGACGCGCACUAUCCAACGGACUUAGUGCGAUUCCUCACGGACUGCUGGACCACUGCUAUACAAGCCGUCGGUCGACUUCUGUGGGACUGUUGCUUAUUACAUUUUCGUAUUAACCGGCGUGAACUGAAAGAUCCAAUCAUUACACUAAAAAGAGACAAAAGAGGGACAAUGGUGAACCCAGGAGGAAGUACCCAGCCACCGCCCGUGGGAGCCGGCUCCCUCUCGUGGAAGCGCUGUGCCGGAUGCGGAGGCAAGAUUGCCGACCGCUUUCUGCUCUACGCCAUGGACAGCUACUGGCACAGUCGCUGCCUCAAGUGCUCCUGCUGCCAGGCCCAGCUGGGCGAGAUCGGCACCUCGUGCUACACCAAGAGCGGCAUGAUCCUCUGCAGAAACGAUUACAUCAGGUUAUUUGGGAACAGUGGGGCGUGCAGUGCGUGCGGACAGUCCAUCCCAGCGAGCGAACUGGUCAUGCGGGCACAGGGCAACGUGUACCACCUCAAGUGUUUCACGUGUUCUACCUGCCGGAACCGGCUCGUCCCCGGUGACCGGUUCCACUACAUCAACGGCAGCCUGUUCUGCGAACACGACAGACCCACAGCACUCAUCAACGGGCACUUGAGUUCACUGCAGACGAAUCCACUACUGCCAGACCAGAAGGUUUGUUAGGAGGAGGCUUGCAGCAGGAAGCAGGAUGUGUGCCUUCAUUUCAGCCCUCGCUCACCCUCGUGCUCAAGACGUCUCGGAACCCCCUGCCCCCCACCCCAGCCUGCCCGCCUGCCCGCUGGCGGUCCAUCCGCUGCUCCCCCUGCCCCCUGCCCUGGUCUCUAGUCAAAUCCUCGCUCUCCAGAAUCUCUGUCCUCCAGAGGCCACUCGCCUGAGCCGGCCCUACAGAGCUCCACUGCUUUAGCACCUUAAGCAGCCCCAGCAGUCGAGCUGCCCAGGCAACUACCCCGAGCCCCAUCGCCUGCCGAGGUCCAGCAGAAUCCUGACCCCCUCCUUCUCUCCCAGUGCCCCCCUCCCCCAACUAUACACACAUUUUCAAUCGCAAACAGACCCCCCUCCCACACACACACCACAUGAGGCUCUGUGCAAAUGUGCACGGGAGAGAACUCUCUGAGGACUCCAUGAACCUGGACUCAAAAGAGACUGCUCAGAGCCAGAGGAACUCCGACACACGGAGAGAGAGAGAGAGAAAGAGGAAGAUAAAUGGACGGAUGGAGAUCCAGACUUGGAUGACAACAGGACAUCUCUGGUUGAGAGAAAAGGAGAGAAAAUAAGGCAGGGAGAGAGAGAGAAAGUGAAAAAGAAGUGCGCAGAAGGAAAUAGAAGACAAGAAGCUAAUCAACUACAGCAUUUUUUUCUUCUUUUUGUUUCCCCAAAAAUCUGCAAUUGCUUGUUUGUGUCCGUUUUUUGAAAAUUGUUCGGGGGUGGGGCGACCUGACUUGUCCUGUACCAUAUUCCUUUCCUUUUAACCAUUUUGCUUUCUUAUCUAUCCUCCUUUUUCUUUCAUGACAUGGUAUCUUCUCGCUCUAUAUUUUAAGUGUUGUAAAAGGGAAUGUGUUUUAUUUUUGGGGUGAUAUAAAAAGAAAAAAAAAACAAAAGACUGGGUUAACAAGAAGUACCCGUGGCUUUUCUUUUGUGCGGAAAUCUAAUCACGAACACUCUUGUUGUAUUUGUAAAAAAAAAAAAAAAAAAACUACCAUGUAUGUAUGCAUGUAAAUGUUUUUCGUCCAAUGUGGCUACAGUACAGUCUGCUCCCAGUAAACACAACUUAGCCAUACCCCUCCCCCUUCCAAUCCUGAAACCACUCCAAACAUGACACAGACAAACAGACAGACAAACAGACAGACAGACACGGACUGACUGACAGACAAAUAGACAGACAGACAUAUAAACAUGAAGAUCAUAGUUGGUAAAGUAGAAAUUUUCACCAACGUAUAAUGCUGAAUGAGAGAGAAAUCUAUUUGUGAUAUUUUCAGAGACGUUUGCUCCAGUAUGGUGUAUUUAAUUAAUAAAAAUUAAGAUACAAAAGGAA